ACAAAGAGCUAUUCAUGAUGUCAGACUAUACUUGGUUUGAAGGAAUAGCUUUUCCAGCCAUAGGGUUUCAAAAAGAAAUUUUGAAAGAUGUUCGUGAUAAGUUUGUGUUGAAAGAAGAAGACUUGAUCAUAUUGACUUACCCGAAGUCAGGAACAAACUGGCUUGCGGAGAUUAUCUGCUUGAUUCAGACCAAGGGAGAUCCCAAGUGGGUCCAAUCUGUGCCCAUCUGGGAGCGUACACCCUGGCUAGAAACUGAUAUAGGAUAUUCUGAAUUAAUAAAUAAGGAAGGACCACGACUCAUGAAUUCCCAUCUUCCUAUGCAUCUAUUCCCCAAGUCUCUCUUCAGUUCCAAGUCCAAGGCUAUCUAUCUCAUCAGAAAUCCCAGAGAUAUUCUUGUUUCUGGUUAUUUUUUCUGGGGUAAGACAAACCUUGUGAAGAAUCCAGAGUCACUGGGGACUUAUUUUGAAUGGUUCCUCAAAGGCAAUGUUCUAUUUGGAUCAUGGUUUGAGCAUGUCCGUGGAUGGCUGUCGAUGAGAGAAUGGGACAACUUCCUAGUGCUCUACUAUGAAGACAUGAAAAAGGAUACAAAGGGAACCAUAAAGAAGAUCUGUGACUUUCUAGGGAAAAAAUUAGAGCCUGAUGAGCUGGAUCUAGUCCUCAAGUACAGCUCCUUCCAUGUCAUGAAAGAAAACAACAUGACCAAUUUUAGUAUCAUCGGCAAAGAUGUGAUUCCUAAUGGUAUGAACCUCAUGAGAAAAGGCACAACUGGAGACUGGAAGAAUCACUUCACAGUAGCCCAAGCUGAAGCCUUUGAUAAAGUAUUCCAGGAGAAAAUGGCUGGAUUCCCUCCAGGGAUGUUCCCAUGGGAAUAAGUUUUCAAAAUUUUAAAUAUUAUAUGAACACUGAUGUUUAUGUUCCUGUUGUUCAAUAUGCAAAUAAUUGAAUGUGGUCAUAAAAUAAAUACUGUUGUGGAA